UUUAUUUUCCUUUGAUUCCUCUCUAUAGCAAAGCUAUCUCCAAUGAAGCAUCAAAUUCUCUUACUUUUCUCUCUUCUCAUUCUUUCUUCUUUUUUUGCUUCUGCUCGCCUUCUUGUACCACAAAAAGUUUCAAAACAUGGUGAAAAGGAAUUAAAGAUCAUUGGCAACACUAUUGCUCAAUCAUCCGCAGAAAUGAAAGAAGAUAUGGAAGAACUGAUGGGAUUAGAGGAGUGUUAUGGAAAUGAGGAAGAAUGCUCUAGAAGAAGGAUGAUUGCAGAAGCCCACUUGGAUUAUAUCUACACCCAACACCAUAAGCCUUGAAUCAAUCUAAUGUGCUGUUCACCUUAGUUCAAAUGCAGUGUUACAAUUGAACAUAUGAGUCCCUAAUGUAUAAUAAAGUAUUAAAUCCAAUAAUUAUACAUGAAAGGUGUAUCCAUGUUCUGUCCUUCAGUUGUGAAGGUUGUUUAAUAUGUAAAUGGUUCAAUUUUAUUAGGGUUAUACCUAGUUAUAUACUGUAAGUGAAUGGAAUGAUUUCUGGGUC